AUGAUAAAAAUCGUACAACGGCAGAUAGAGAUUUAAACGAUUUUGAUAAUCGGUUGUACGAAGAUUCAAAAAUUUUAUUCUUUACACCUGGAAUUGAAAUAGCCCCAUCCAUUAGUGAAGUGUGCGAAUAUAAUCUCAAUAAUUCUAAAUAUAAUAACAUUAAUAGUAACAGAAAUAGCAAUAAAUUUAAAGUAGGAUUGGUGAAGGAACGA